AUGGCAGGAUUAAAACGAGGAACUUCUCAAGACUUGGCCUCUUCCCCCAAAUUAGACAGAUACAAAUUAGCAAAACAAUUAACUGACAAAGCCAUCAAGGAAAAAAAGAUUUUUUCUAUCUAUGGACACUACCCGGUGAUCCGGGCGGCUCUGCGAAGGAAGGGCUGGGUGGAGAAGAAGUUCCACUUUGUACCCAAGGUCAUUCCACGUGUGGAAGACGAAAGUGAAGGGGUGACUGAUAGCAAAGGCACUGAACACAAACAGAACCCAGAAAUGACUUUCAGGAAGACAGAGGACAUCCAUGACGUGAUGUCUAGGCUGGUAAAACAUGAAAUGCCUUACUUCCUCUGGACCAUCAAAAGGGACAUCGUAGAUCAUCACAGUCUGAACUGCGACCAGAUGUUGAACCACUACGGGAAGACAGCCUCAUUCACCACCAAGAUCGGGCUGUGUGUGAGCAUGCGGAGCCUGCCAUGGUACGUCCAGGCCAACCCUGACUCCUUCUUCCCGCGCUGCUAUGGCCUCUGCACAGACAGCGAGAAGCAGGAGUUCCUGGAUGACUUCCGGCGCACUGUGGCUUCCAGCAUCCUCAAGUGGGUUGUCAGCCACCAGAGCUGCAAGGCCAAGCUCAAGAACAGGCGGGAGGAGGCCGGCGACAGUUACCCCAGCCACAGGAAAGAUGCCGAGCACACUGAUGCCAAGAUGCUCACGGGCCUUCCAGGGCAGCUCAUUGACACCGCGUGCAGGGUGUGCCAGGCCUACCUGGGGCAGCUGGAGCAUGAGGACGUUGAUGUCUCCGAAGACGCCACUGAGGACCUCACUGAGGACGAAUGGAAUGACCUGACCCAGCAGUACUACUCCCUCGUCCAUGGCGAUGCCUUCAUCCCCAACUCCAGGAAUUACCUACCGCAGUGCCAGGCUCUGCUUAGCAAGAUCACGGCCGUCAACCCACAGACGGAGAUCGACGGCAUCCGAAACAUUUGGAUCAUUAAGCCUGCUGCUAAAUCACGGGGCAGAGACAUCGUGUGCAUGGACCGCGUGGAGGAGAUCCUGGAGCUGGUGGCCGGAGACCAGGUCUCUGCCAAGGACAACAGGUGGGUAGCCCAGAAGUACAUCGAGACGCCGCUGCUCAUCUACGACACCAAGUUCGACAUCCGGCAGUGGUUUCUCGUUACGGACUGGAACCCCCUGACCAUCUGGUUCUACAAGGAAAGCUACCUGCGUUUCUCCACGCAGCGCUUUUCCCUGGACAACCUGGACAGUGCCAUCCACCUGUGCAACAACUCCAUCCAGAAGCAUCUCAAGAACGCCAAGGACCGCAGCCCACUGCUGCCAUGCCACAACAUGUGGACCAGCACCAAGUUCCAGGAGUACCUGCAGCGCCGGGGCCGUGGCACCCUCUGGAGCAGCGUCAUCUACCCGUCCAUGAAGAGGGCCAUCACCAACACCAUGAAGGUGGCCCAGGACCACGUGGAGGCCCGCAAGAACAGCUUCGAGCUCUAUGGCGCGGACUUCAUCCUCAGCAAGGACUUUAGACCCUGGCUCAUUGAGAUCAACUCCAGCCCUACCAUGCACCCCUCCACGCCCGUCACUGCCCAGCUCUGUGCCCAGGUGCAGGAAGACACCAUCAAGGUGGUGGUGGACCGCAAGCUCGACCGAAACUGUGACAUCGGCAACUUUGAGCUGCUCUGGAGACAGCCAACGGUGGAGCUGCCGCCGUUCAGCGGGUCGGACCUCUGCGUGGAAGGCGUCAGCUUCAGGAAGGCCAGGAAGCAAAGCUCUCCCAUCUGCAACUGUCACUUCGCCAUGCCGCUCUCAGGUACCCAGCUGCUAAAAGGGAAGUGCCCUUCGGCCAUUCCGGACCCGGCGCGAGGACUGCCCCGAGCCACGCCCCCGCAGGCCUUGAGACUGAGAGACGACAAGGUACUUUCAUGCACCUUACCUGCGCCCCUACGGCGGCCGUCCGAGCGGAGCUGCGCGCCGCGGGCCGGCGGCCCCGCGCCGGGCGGGAGGAUAGCGCUCCCGGCCUUCCACUUCCAGCGCGUAGACGGUCAGGCCUCGAGGGCCGCGGUGGCCAAAGCAGCGUCUGCGAGGCCCCUGGAGCCAAACGCAUUAAAGGCGCACCCACUGGCGGCCACGCCCCGCGGCGGGAAGGCGGUGGAGGGCUCUUUAUUUCAGCCGCCCAGAGCGCCAGGUAACAGCUGCGGGGGAGCGUGGGGGUGUCCGCGUCGUGUCCCCAGGGGGGCUGAGACCCACCUGUCCUGGGCUCUGGGCGCCGGCCGGGAGCGUCCCCGUCGGAACGCUGGCCAGAGCUGGGGCAGGGUUUGGAGGCGCGCACCCGUCUGGGCCGGCACAGGGCGUCGGUCCCGGUGUGAGCCGGCCGGCGUGGAACUGCCGCUGGGACUCAGGGACCUGGGCCCCCCGCAGCAGUCCCAGCGGCCCCCUAGCAGCCGUGGGCUCUUCCCUCUUGGGGUCUCAGGGUUCCCUCUGAUGACCCAGCGGUCACCUCCGUCUUGCUGCCUCCUGGAGGCUAGUGCUAUCAGAGUUUGA